CAAGAUGUGCGUGUGUGGAGGGGGUGGAGAGAUGCUUGCGACUUCGAAAACGAACCGUCGUAUGUUUAGACUCCCGCGUGAAGGGGGCUGGUUGUCACGUGAUGGGCCAAGAUGGCUGUGUCUACCGAAGGGGCACUAUAACGUCUGCUGGUCUCUGCAGAGACAGGAUGAUCCCUUCUUUUUUCAGACCAAAAAGGUAGCAGCUCAGCCAUUUGCAACCUGGUAGCAGCACCAAUAGUGCUGCUUAGUGGACCUACAAACAGCAAGAAAGGGUAUUGCUGAUCACCCUAGAGGUUCCUGGGUCAUCCUGUGUUAUCUCCCAUUUCCCAACAGAAGGAGAGGCAGCAACAUGUGUGGCACAGACUUGGAAGCCUCCUUGCUGAGCUUUGAAAAGUUGGAUCGGGCUUCACCAGACCUCUGGCCUGAACAGUUACCAGGCGUUGCUGAAUUUGCAGCUUCUUUUAAAAGUCCUAUCACCAGUUCUCCUCCCAAGUGGAUGGCUGAAUUAGAACAUGAUGAUAUCGACAUGUUAAAAGAGCUGGGGAGUCUCACCACAGCUAAUCUAAUGGAGAAGGUGAGAGGUCUGCAGAAUCUGGCCUAUCAGUUGGGAUUGGAUGAAUACUCUUUUCAGAGCCCUAUUCAAGGGAAAUGCUUUCCCUCCAAUCAGCAGCAAGAAAGAUUUGAUUCAUUUUGCACUAUACAUAACUGAAGUUGGAGCCUAGGGGCAAGAGAAAUGACUCGAGGGAAAUUCCUGAACAUCCUGGAAAAACCAAAAAAGUAGCUGAAUAUGGCAAGAAAUACACCUGGCUGCUGGAAAGCUACCAGAAUUUCCCUGUGUGCUGAAAUGGAAAGACCAGCGCGCUGCCUUAUACUUACAGAAAUGCUCCCCGUCUUGCCUCUUUUCUGAAGAAAAUUAUUCCAGGUCAUUUUGGCAAGGACAGCCACCGGUUCCUCAGCAGAACAGUUUGACACUCCUGCCUUUUGUGGACCCUGUACAUUUUGCUAGAAUAGUUUGUAACAGGAUUUUGUGCCACCGUCAAGUCAAAAGAAACUUCCUCAUUCAUCUGCAAUUGGUAACAGCAUAUAUUUCAGAUAAAAGCGGGGCUUGCAAUGUCCUGUGACACAGGCUUGUAUAUUACAUUGCAUGUACAUGUGUGUGUGUGUGUGUGCGCGCACACAUGCACAUCCCUCUUUUGCCUUUGGGACAAAAACUCUAUAUGAGUAACUGCCAUGCUGAAAAAUCUACUACAUUGUUGGACAAAAGCAUGGUUCUGAAUAGCCCUUUCCCCCCUCUCUUUAAAUCUUAGCUAAUCCUAAGACUGGGUAACUUUUUUUUUCUUUCUUCCACAUUAGUUUUAUAUAUAGAUUUUAUUAGCCACAGACACUGCAGAAAAGGUUGUGUGGAUCAGUCAUUAUCUUUUUUCUCUCACAGCUCACAUAGCCUCAGUUGCUGGAUAGGAUUGGGAUCCACAUACCAACAUAUAAUAUCAACAAAUGAAUAUAUAUUUGUUUGUUAGGGUGGGAAAUGUGAAGAAUGUCUUUCUGAAAGAUGAAGGAAAGCACCCUCCUAUAAUGGACACCUUUUUCCAAGGCUUCCCAUGAUGGAAUUUUCUUGUCUUCAUAGGCUGUCUCUGCAUUGUGUUUUAUGUUUUUACAGUUCCAGAAGACAGUUCUGCAAAAUGGGGUUCUCUUACAAAAAAAAUAUAUAUGGGAAAACCAUGCUUAUAUCAUUUGAGCCACCUUAUUUUUCAGGAAUAAUUUAAAAUUGCUUGUUCACAAGAAGCAAAGUCAGGAUUUUUUAUUCUAGAAGAAGUUGCUAGUAAAACGUUUGGGAAUAGUCCAGCGAAAGGGAAGCAGUUUUAAGUCCCAUUGAUCUCAGUGGGGCAAAUGAGCACAUGCUUGCAUUUCUCCCAUAGUCAAAUCAAUGGGAUUCAAAAGAGCUUAACUUUGGGUUAUGGCCUGAAUAUUCUAGUAAAAUUCUGUAUAGAUGUCACUUUUCUCUAGGGCAGAACAAAACAUUUAAAUUGUGGGCCAAAAGUUUGAUACUUAUUUUAUAUCUGUCCAAACAAAUCUUGAACUAUUUAGCACGGAGGUGUUAUGCUAUCCUUUUCAAUUUGCAGGAGAUAGUGUAAGUUUGGAGCUGUAUGAGUGUAACAAUCAACAGACUAUAUAUGCAAUUUCACAUGAAUUCUGCAAGCAGUCCUAUGUUGUGGCACUUUGUACAAUACACAUGAGAGAUAUCUGUUGCAGGGCAUCUGCUAGUUUCACCCUUAAAUCUUUGCAUAUUUUUCUGUCCAAGUUUAGUAGGAGCUUCUCUCAUUUUUUUAAAGCAUAUCUGGGACUCAGAGAUGAGAAGGUCACAUCUAGGCUGAUGGGGAAACAAAACUGCAUAUGAUGGUGAGCAACCAGCAAAUGACUUUGAAAACAGGGGAAACUGUGUUCUCAUCUAGAGAAAAUGUGAUGAAACAUUUUUGAUGUUGACCUAAUUAUAGUUUUGUUUAGGAAUAUUGAAAUUCUUGCAUCUAUUUUGUUUGUGGACUUUCUGGAGUGGGGAAUACACAUCGACUCAAAUUGGGCCUUUUUCAGUCCCAAUGGGAUGUUAAAAUGUUUAACUUUGGCUUCAUCAUACUCUACACACUCGUUUGUAUUGUAAAGGUUCUUGAAACACAUUUUUGAGUCUGUGAAACUGAAAAGUUUAGGCAACGCAUGGAGAAAAUCACCAUGAAUUACAAAUUUGUUUAGUUAACUCUUCUAUUGAAAAGCAUUUCUUUUUUUUUAUGAAAGUGUUUAUCUUCCUUAGAUAGGUCCGUAAGCUGUAUAUGCUUUAGUGUUGGGAUAUUUAUAUAUUUAUAUUUUUCAUCCAUAGAUAUGAUGGGAAUGUAUUUUUUAUAAAUAGUAGUAUUACUUGUUUGGGUUGCUCUGAACGAGUAAUCUGUGAGUUAUGGCUCUGUGUUCUCAAAAUAAAUAAAGAUAAAACAACUUGUUUUCAAAA